AUGGCUUCCCAUUCCGCUGAGGUUGCCGCUCCCUCACAACGAGGCUCGGGCAUUGACUUCAAGUCUACUAAAAUCCAAGGGUCCAACCAACCUCGAACCUACGCAAGAGCUACCCAAGGUACUCAAGCUUAUACCGGAUCAUCCAACAGAAAACUUCAUGGUCUUGAUCCAAGCUCCGAAGAGAUCGAUUCUGUCAUCGUUCAUGACCUUCACUGGUGGACGAACGACCAGGAUCUCACUUCACUUGCCGAUCAAGUGGGAUUCGUUAUUGGAAACAAGGAUGUUCAAUUUUUAGAACAUAAAGUCAAUGGAAAAAGUAAAGGACAAGCAGUGAUCAAUUGUCAUACCAAGGAAAACGCAAUGAAACUCCAUCAGUUCUUCCAACACAACACUUUCCAAGGCAAGAAGCUGCCCUCCGCUCUAUCCUCUUGUGCCUAUGAGUUUCCCUCCGUUCGCCCUUUGAGUACCGCCAUUCACAGUGCCGUUCGACAACCUACCAACGCACAUGGUGGGGUUAACUUCAAUCGAGUCCGACCCAACUCUCGAACUGCGAUUCACGCCAAUCUCGGCGAAGCUCUGGAGAAAUGGUACCAAUUGACCCCGCUAUCGCUUGUUCCCAUGAACCCUCCUUUCCAAUAUAACGGACAAGAUUAUAUGAUGGGCGGAGUGCUUCCAGCUGUCCAAUAG